GGAACGAGGGUUUUAGACGAAGAGAGCGAAGCAGGAGGACGGGGUGCUGACGGGCUUGCGAUCUACGAGCGAUCGCUGGUUUUCGACGAGAAUUGAGGUUUGAUUCUGUGCGGAGAUCAUGAAUCUCAAUAGCGUGAAAAACGUAAAGCUGCCGAACGCCGGGCCUCUAGGGGCUUUGGCCAAGGUCGUUGUAAUCGGAGGUGUUGGACUCUAUGGAGCCAUGAACAGCUUGUACAAUGUGGAGGGUGGUCAUCGCGCCAUCGUCUUCAACCGUCUUGUGGGAAUCAAGGAGGAGGUGUAUCCCGAGGGCACUCACUUUAUGAUCCCCUGGUUCGAGAGACCGGUCAUCUACGAUGUGAGAGCGCGCCCUAACAUUGUUGAGAGCACCUCAGGGAGCAGGGAUUUGCAAAUGGUCAGGAUCACUCUUCGAGUACUGACCAGGCCUCUGCCUGAUAUGUUGCCAACUAUUUACCGAACAUUGGGUGAGAAUUACGCCGAUCGUGUUCUUCCGUCUAUUGUUCAAGAAACUCUCAAAGCAGUUGUUGCACAGUAUAAUGCAAGCCAGCUGAUCACGCAACGUGAGGUCGUGAGUCGAGAAAUUCGAAGAAUCUUGCAUGAGAGGGCAGCAGGUUUUAAUAUCGCACUAGAUGAUGUGUCUAUCACCAAUCUUACCUUUGGACGCGAGUUUACCGCUGCCAUCGAAUCCAAGCAAGUGGCUGCCCAGGAAGCUGAGCGUGCCAAGUUUGUCGUCGAGAAGGCCGAACAGGAUAAGAGAAGUGCUAUCAUCCGAGCACAGGGAGAAGCGAAAAGUGCCCAGUUGAUUGGAGAAGCUAUUUCGAGUAAUCCUGCUUUUAUUACCUUAAGAAAGAUUGAGGCAAGUCGGGAAAUUGCGAACACGGUGGCCAAUUCUCAAAACAGAGUGUUCUUAAAUGCGGACUCGUUGUUACUCAAUUUACAAGACAUGCACAUCGAGGAUGUGCACUUGGCUAGUCCGCAAAAGAGCAAAAAGUGAGCAAGACUGAAACUCACCACUCAUUAUGCAGAAAACAGCUCUCUUGGAGACUUACGAAUCUUGUUUAGUCUAUAGCAGGUUGGGCUCCAAGUAGAAGUGCCUAUCGUUCUCCAGCCAGAGGCAUUGAGGUCCAAUUUUGACAGUCCACACGGUUUUUCUCAUCUGUACAGCUGAUAUGACUUCCCUAUUCAUUAGCGAUACCCUUUUGCUACUCAGAUAAAGAAACUGCCGACAGUUGUCAUAACACAGUUUGUGGGUUUCAGGUCUGUUCCUCCUACUGUCUGAUUGACUUUGUUAGGUCUAGGCUGUCGAAGCAUGUCACUGGCAUGGGUCACAUACGUGUCCACCAUUCUCUCCUUGUAAUCAAAAUUUGAAAGAAUAUUUUGCUGAGUUUGGCAUCCUGCUUUUGUUUGUGACAGCUAAGCGAAGUCUCGUAGCCUUGACGUCAAGGUUCUUAAAAGCAAGCUCUGCGUGAAAAUUGAUAUUUGUCUAGAGUAUGAGUUGACUUCAGUGCAUAAAUGUUACACCAGUUUUUAUUUACUUUGGGGAGUGGUCAAGUCAGCGAUGACCAGGCUUGUUUGAACCCGAGCCUGGCAAACCUCCUCAUUGGUUGGUGGCAGUUCUUGUAGGUUAGCAUGCAAGUUUGCUUGUAUGCAAAGUGGCCCGACAUUAUUUAGCAAGGCUCAUAUUUGACUUCGCUAUGAAGUUUGUCUGGCCUACCAACGUGCGUGCUUCUUGUUUCAGCAUUAGUGACCCUUCAGAUGUUUAUUACUAAAGUAAAAGUCCCUCCGCACACUCCAAAUCAUAUCGUUCUUUGUUUUUUGUGGUUUUGAGGAGAAACAUUUGUAUUUUCUUCUCUUCCUCCCAUAUCGCAUUAUCACACUAUCAUGAGCUGCCGCUCAAAGGUUCUCUGCCUACUUUGGCAGUUCCAUUCCAGAAAGGACGCGAGAGUCUGAACAGGCAGCAGCAAAGGCAUCUCUUGCCAGUGCAGACUCUUGACAACUGAGGCAGGUGACCUCGUGAUUAUCCAAAGCAAGGGGUGGAGCAGCUCGGUUUGUCGCACGAUCCUUUUCUAAGCUCGUGAAAGAUUCACGCUCUUUCGGAGAAAUGCUACGCUCGACGGAACUCACUUUGACAUCACGUCGGAAAUGAAGAGACAGUGCGGAGUUUACAGUAGAGAAGUCCAGACCAUGUGGGAAGUGGAGAUAUGGGAAGACCACCGUAUAUGAAGCCACUCGAUCCCGAAGAUGAUUGUCGGAACGCGGACGUAGACCAGACUCUAUUUCACAAAAGUGGGGUUCGGCUGUCAAUCGAGAUCUUUCUCGGGUGGAUUGUCUGUUGUUGAAUACUUUUGCUGAAAGGUAGCCUGCUCACCUAUAUCACUCUCGAGCGUUCUCAAACACAGCAGGCUGGCUUGGCCGGUCGCAUUGUAUUGCAAAUUUAUUGAGAGCGGUGCGCUGUUAAAUUUACUCAUGCUGGCGUCGUCACAGGAUCAUUUUGGGAUAUUUUUCCCGGUGAUGGAUGCCGACGAAUUAAAGUAGAUUGGAAGUCACUGAAACUGUUCAUUAUUUCCGUGCAAUGUUCAGUCCACACCGGAAUUUACCUUCUCAGCCGCUCUGGAUCAUGUCAAGCUGUUCUGCCUCACACCGGUUCACUUGUUGACCACCUCAAGCAUCUUGAACCAAACAAUGGAUUUUAAGACUCAAGCGAGAGGGUUUUAUCUGGCAAAACUUCA